ACUGGACAGCUAGUCUAGGACGUGGGGUUGGUUGUCUUGUCUGCUUGUCUUUUCCUUUUCCUGACGCCUCAUUCUUUUUCACUUGUGACACUAGGCGGCAGGGCGCUAAACGGCUUUAAUGAAUCCGAGGUAUGGAUCCGUACGGCCUCAACGUCUAAACGCAGUGGGGGGAGCUGGAGCUGGGAGCUGCUCUCUCGCGCUGCGACGUGGAAUCCACAAGUUAGAGGUCGAGCCACCAAGCUAUUCCGCGUUCCAUUUCACAUACAGUAGUUCAACGUCCAUGCUCACGAGCCGGCAUGAAUGAUGACUGAUCAUGUCGUCGAACCUACCAAGUCAGCCCAUUCUUUGCGGCCUCGACAUCGACUAAGCCGCUCGGUGACCGAGACGAACACAUCCAAGCUGCAUCGGCAUCACGGUCACUACCUCCUGCAACGCCGACAUCAGGAUCGCAAUUCCGACCGCAACCCUCAGUCUGCCGCUCCUUCACUGGAGAUGCCGCCCCGUGGCUCUCUGGAUCUCCCACGCUCCGAGGGGAUGACGCCCUACAUGCUGAGCAGCGCCGAACAAAGCCGCAGAGCAAGCAUGUUGCCGUCGGGGGCAGAGGAAAUUGGGGCAACCAUAUUGCAGACCACAACUACAAGUCGAGAGAAGCGCAUACAGGUGCAAAGGGAACAGGCCGCCCAGCGGACUACUGGUCUCAAGAAGUCUUUAUCGGAGUUGAACGCAUUCUCGCUGGCAACGACGCGCCGGCUGGACGACGCAUACUAUGCUGUUCUGGAGAAGCUGAGCAUGCUGCAAAGCACUAUAUAUGAGAUGAAAGGACUGGCGACCAUGUCGCAGCAGGCCAAUGAGUCUUUCAAGUCCGAUGCACAGAGUCUGGUAUCCGAAAUCGAGUCGCAACUUGAUUCUGUCGGCCAGUUCGACCAGCAGCAGCAAGAUAUUGAAGAGUUACAGAACCGCAUACAGACAGGGCGGCAGAGAGUGCAAAAGCUCAGCGAACGAGUGGAUCUGGUUCGUGAGCGCGUGGAGCGCUGGGAAAGAGCUGAUCUCAACUGGCAAGAGAGGACUAGACGGCGUCUGAAGGUCCUCUGGGUCGUCACCUCUGUGGUCGCACUAGCCAUGGUCCUGAUGUUUGUCGGCACACAAUAUGCCUCUGUUGAAGUUGACACGAUAAAGGACAAGAUCACCGAGGCCAUGUCCAGCAACAUUUCUGGCACGACAUUCGGUGAUGAGCUGACCAACCUCAGCAGAAUCUCAGACCAUUUGAGCGAGGAUAUCAGAGCAGCACUGAAUGAGACGAGGGGAUCUGAUCCUGCCGUUGCUAAAGACGAGCUUCUUCGCGCGUUUGAUGAACUCUGAUUGUUGUCACCGUUUUUACAUUACCAAAGACAUUCUUCUCUUUCCUUUCUCUCUUCAAUUUUCGUCUAUUCCUUUUUUCAAGGGUUUUCCAUUUUUUAAUUAUUUUUGUUCUUGUCUUUCCUCUCCAUCUUUCCUUAAAGAUUGCGAUAAAGCAUUAUACCCCGGAGUUUAAACAAAUCAUCACUGUUAUGGCUCCUUUUCUGUUUUGGGGCCGCCUAGACGGAAAUCCGGCACUGUGUUAUUUUCCUGCUCAAAUUCUACGAAGCAUAGGCUCCAUUUUCAGCUGAUCUGGGAUUGUUUUAAAAGUAUUCGGCAAGGUUUAUCCGUAGUCAUGGAGGCUUGGCCUUUAGUCUAGGUCAA